CCACGUUGCAACUUUUUCAAUGUGUCAUCCCCGGGUGUAUCAGCAGGCCUGAUCUUCUGGGCUGUCGGCCCAUCACAGGCGGUCUAAUGUCUCGAUCUCCGAUUUCUGCCGCCAUGUGAUCGGAGAGAAGCUUUCCAGGCUUGGAGGAACAGGAUUCCCAUGGAGGAAGGGGGAGCUGAAGAGGAGGGGAUGGCGGGGGGAAGCGACGGCGUGGGUGGUUUGGUGGGGAUGUGCAUCGAGGCGGCCUGCAUCAGCGGAGACUCGGUGGAGGCGUGGAGGCGGCAGCGGAGGACGCUCCAGAUGCUGCCCGCCCAUUUGGCCCAUGCCCUCUUCCGCUGUCUCCUCGAUCGCAAGCUCAUCGUUCCCUCCCUCCUCGAGGUUUUCCAGUACUCGGUCGAGGUGGUUGAUUUGAAAGGCAAGAGCUUCGUGGACGCCGAAUGGAUGGCUUACAUAGGUGCAUACCGAUCCUUGCGUGUCUUGAACCUUGCCGAGUGUAAGGGAAUCAAUAAUUCUUCUCUCUGGAGUAUCACUGGUAUGACCUGCCUAAGAGAGCUGAACCUGUCUAGAUGCACAAAGAUUAGCAAUGCUGGAAUGCAACAUCUACAAUACGUACAAGAUUUGAGAAAAUUAAGCCUCUCAGAAACUGCUGUAACUGCAGCUGGAAUCACAUGUCUCUCUUCUCUUGUCAACCUUACAUUUCUGGACUUAGGUGGUUUGCCGAUUACUGAUGCAUCGCUUGGUUCUUUACAGGGUUUGACAAAGCUGGAACACCUUGAUCUAUGGGGAACCGAAAUAUCCAACAAAGGAGCUGCCAAUCUGAAAGGCUUUCCCAGCUUGAGUUUCAUUAACUUAGCAUGGACAAAAGUUACCGUAUUGCCAUGUCUAUCAUCUCUCAAAUGCUUGAACUUGAGCAACUGUACUGUUGAUUCCAUGUUUGAUGGUUAUGAAGCCAAAGUACCUUUAUCAAGAUUAAUAUUUGCAGGCUCUAUGUUCAAUAACCCACUUGAAAACUUCUCCUGCUUGGACACAGAGCACCUUUACUUCUUGGACAUAUCCUGUUCUUCUUUUCAUGAUUUUUGCUUCUUGAACGAGAUGUCAAAAUUGACAUAUUUGGAUCUGAGUUCUGGUAAUAUGUCCGAUGCCAUGAUUGACCCCGUUGCUGCAAUUGGAGCAAAUUUAAGAAAUCUCAAUCUUGGUAAUACUAGAGUCACCACUGUAGGUGUUGCUGCUUUAGCAGGGGCUGUCCCUAAACUGGAAACCUUAUCAUUGUCACGGACAUGCAUUGAUGAUGCAGUUUUUUAUUAUCUUGGCAUGAUGCCUGCUCUCUGCAUGGUCAACUUGAGCAACACAAGCAUCAAAGGACUUAUACGCCAGGGCGACCAUGUCAAUUUCUCAUUAACAGCUCUUCAAGAUCUUGAACACUUGGAGAAUUUGGAUUUGGGGUGUACCCAGAUUAGAGACUUGGCUUUAGAACCCCUUUCCAACUUUAAGCAAUUGAGGUGUCUAUCCCUCGACAGUGAUUUCCUCUCAGAUGUUUCUCUCCAUAGUGCAUCACCUGUAGACAAACUGAAGGUUCUAAGUAUCCGAAAUGCAGUGUUGACAGAUGUAGGAAUUCUUUCUUUCGUGCCACCACCAACGUUGCAUGUACUAGAUUUAAGUGGAUGUUGGCUUUUAACGGAGGAAGGUAUUUCUCUGUUUUGUAAAUUCCAUCCACGGAUAACUGUAAGACAUGAAGCCAUCGACAAGUUAUCGGAAGAGCAAAAUAAUGGUUUGAAGCAAAAGGCUGGAGCUUUGUGUCCUCCUACGUUUUCUGCUAGAAUGAAGCAUAGAUCAAAAUUGAAAGAGAAAAGCCAGAAAGAGACAUGGAGAGAUGAGAGAAUUAAAUACGGCAGGGAGGAGUUGCUGCAGUUACAAACAUCCCAUCUAUCUAACCUCUCGCAAUGUGAUAAAGAGAUUCUCUUGCCAAAGGAGUUAUCAACGAAGUAAGUUGAUUAUAAGGUUGUGAGUCAUUUUUAGCAGCUCCUCCACUCCAUUGUUAUCCGAGACAAGUCUUCCUGGUUUGCCAGCAGUGGCAGCAAAAACCACUGUGCUAGUUCUCCUUGUGCUUCUGUAUCUUGAGCGUUUCGUCAUCUGAGUGCGUGUACAGAAGAGCUACUUUUGAAUGGUCAAGCUGAACAGCUACGCAUAUGCGCAGCAUUUCAUUGAGCAACAUGUUGCAGGUGCUUUGUAUCGUAGGUUCGUUUCUUGGUCAGAUUGCAGUAACAACUAACAAUUUAUUGACAGCCAGAGAAGGUUCGGGUCCUUUGUACUUGUGUGCACAAGGCGCUGAGGAUAUAGGAAUCAGGGAAGCUCGGGAAUCCUUGUAUACAUGUGCACAAGCAUAGCUACUGUUUUGUACAAUAAUUCACUGUUGCAGCAUGAUCUCUGGAUUGUGGUCUUAUUCACAUGGAUCCGUAUCCCAGAUAAUAAUCUGUUUGUAGGUUUUGCUUAUAAUAGCAUUAUGAUUAGACAUUGUGAUUGCUGGUGCUUCAAAACAGAAUCUAUCACUUGACAACCAAACGUGGCCUUCUGUUAUUUUGGGAGUCUGGUUGGACACUUCUAGUUUAUUGUUGAAAGUAGGAGUAUUUCAAGAAUCCAACUUUUCCUUUUUCUUUCC